AGCCUUCAUGCAGGCUUCCGCCAUGGCUUCUGUUUCUUGCCUGCGGUCUGCCUGUCAGCUGGCUUCGUUGAGCUCCUCCUCCAUCGCCAGAGCUUCUACCAGAAAAUCUGUUAUCAGCAUUGAGCAUGUGCGAUGGUUGCCGCCUCUUCUCCACCAACAGCUGAGCAAUGCCGGGGUUUUGACUGGCAUUCGACAAACUUUUCCUUGCGGACGAGUUGCAGGAACAACGAGAAUCGCUCAGGUAUGCCGCGCUGUCGCGACCGAGGCCCCUGCUCAGGCAUCCGAGUUCCUGUCCAAGACGGAGCAGGAGUUUGAAGGAGAGCAGCUGCUUCACUCCGAGGUUUACAAGACUGGGGACGGUUACACUGUGCUCAUCAGACAGCCGCUUCAGGGGGCAACUCUGCACUGGGGCGUCAACAAUUGGUCGCUGGCACCGCAGGAGAUUUGGCCCGAGGGUACGGUGCAGAUCGACGACAAAGCCGUCCAGAGCCCGUUCCCGUCCGAGCCCCGUGACGGCGCAUACGAGCUGCAGCUCACAAUGCCUGAGAGCGCUGCACCCCGGGCAAUCCAGUUCGUGCUCAAGGACGGGGACAAGUGGUACAACGGGCCGUUCGCGGGCAACUUCGUGGUGCAGAUUAAGCAGCCGGGCGUAGCAGAUAUCGUGGACCAGGCGAUCGAAGCCGAGGCGAACUACAGCAACUGGUCCCUCUUCCAGCGCUUCAUCAUGGCACGUGACCUGCUAGACCCCGCCGAACAGGCGGGCCCUUCCGGGAUGGCCUUCAUCUACGUGUGGCUGCGGCUCUCGGCCAACCGGCAGCUCGACUGGUACCGCAACAGCAACUACCAGUCCAAGGACAUCGCACAUGUGCAGAAAGUUCUAGCAGAGGGGAUGCACGAUAAGUCCCGCUUUGCCAUGGACCCCGCGGUCCGCCGAUUCGCUCGCAUGGCCAUGGGGACUCUUCCGAGAGGCGGAGGCGACUCCGAGCAGAUCCGAAUGGGCAUCCUGCACAUCAUGCGAGAACACGGGAUCAGGGAGGGACACAGGCCUGGCAUCGAGGAGAAGUUCUUGGAGCAGUGGCACCAAAAGCUGCACACCAACACGACUCCCGAGGACAUCACCAUCUGCGAAGCGUACCUCGCAUAUCUGCACACUGCCAACCACGACGACUACUUCCGGGUGCUGUGGGACAACGGCAAGAUCUCAAAAGAGCAGCUGGAAAAGAUGGACCAUCCGAUUAGCUCGUGGCCAAUGCACCUGCCGCACCUCAUCCCCGCUUUCCAACACUUUUUGUGGAUUCUGAAGACGGUGCACGCGGGCGCGAACAUGGACACUAUGGUGGAGAUGAGCAAGGGCCAACUGUCGGACGAUCUCAAAGGCGACCUGUACGGCAUUCUCGGCGACAGAGAAGCCUGGUGGGUUCCCGGAAAGCUGGUGGAAGCGAGGGAGAAACUUGAGGGCGUGUGGAGGGCGGACUGGGCCGGUCGUGACACGCUUCUGCUCGACAUCGCCCUCGACAACUACUUCGGCCUGCGCAUGGCGGCGGUCGACAAGAGCUCGCUGGGCGGAGACGACUUGAUCGAGCUGGUGGCGCUUAUGCUGCGAAACGCAAACAUAGGUAACGAGUCGGCAGAGUUGGCGGUGUGCCGCGAUCUGUGGUUCAAGAUCAAGGACCAGGAGCGAUGGGGCAAAGACUGGUCGCUGCUCGCGAAAGCCGCGCUGGACCGAGUGUCUCUCGGCCUGGAAAACUACAUGGACGAGAUCUACAACCUGGUUCAGCCGCACGCGGAGCUGUUUGGCGCCAAGGCGAAGGUCAACCGGGCUUACGUCACCAACUUUGGCGAGGAAGUCGUGCGCGCGCAGUCCCUGUUCCCACUGUCCAUCCUUGUCCAGAAGCUGGAGCCCAUGCUGCGGGCGGCCGCAGGUCUCGGCUCCUGGCAGGUGGUGUCUCAAGCCGCUGCGGAGGGCACCGUCAUGGUGCUGACGUCACUGGCGGAGAUCCAGGGGGAGCAGUACGUGAAGCCAAGAAUCGUGGUCGCGGAGCAGGUCGGCGGGAUGGAGGACAUCCCGGAGGGGGUGGUCGCGGUGCUGAGCGCAAGCGCGACGGACGUGCUGAGCCACGUGGCAAUCAGGGCGCGAAACCAAGGUUGCCUGCUCGCCACUGCUUUUGAUGCGGACGAGUUGGAGCAGAUCCGGACGUUGGACGGCAAGUUCGUGUCCGCAACUGUGGAUGCCAAGGGAAGCGUCAUAGUGUCCGAAGCAAAGGCCUCCUCUAACGGCGCGGUUGCCAAGCGCGCUGCUUCCUCUUGGAGAUCCUCCACCCCUGCAGAGCCGCCCCAACCCCCCAAGGCUUGGGCGAUUUCCGAGUCGGACUUCCCCUCCGGGGGCGUCAACCAAAAGUCGCUCAACAUCGCACGGCUCCGAGAGGCGGCCAAAAACCCGUCGUUUGACCUACCCACGUCAGUAGCUCUUCCGUUCGGCGCGUUUGAGAAGGCGCUCGCGGCGUCCAUAAACAGGACUCCUGCCAACCGCGUGAAGAGGCUGCUCACGGCGGUGGAGUCGUUCGAAGGGAGAGGGAUUCCGGCCGAGCUCUCCGAGUUGCGCAUGGUUGUUUCCACGCAACUCUCGGCGCUUGCAACGCUGAGGAAGGAAGUCACAGGAGUCGCCGAGGCUGCGGGGAUCGUGGAGAGCGGAGCUUGGGCGUCGGACGAGGCCUGGAAGGCGGCGUGGGGCGCGAUCUGCCGCGUGUGGGCUAGCAAAUGGACGGACAGAGCCUGGUUGAGCCGCCGCGCGUGGGGGACCCCCGACGGCGCCCUCCAGAUGGCGGUGCUCCUGCAGAAGGUCGUUCCGGCGGAAUACGCGUUCGUCAUCCACACAGCGGACCCCAUUUCCGGCGACCGGUCCAAGAUCUUCGGCGAGGUGGUGCCGGGGCUCGGGGAGGUGCUGGUCGGGAGCUACCCGGGGCGCGCGUUCAGCUUCACUUACAACCAGGAUGGGACCUCAGAGAUCUUGUCGCUCCCCUCGAAGCGCAUCGCCCUUCUUGCCGCCAACAAUUCCAUCAUCGCGCGCUCUGAUUCCAACGGCGAGGACCAGGAGGGCUUUGCGGGUGCAGGGCUGUACGACAGCGUUCCAGUGCCAGAGGCGGAAGUCCACCUCUUGGACUACACCACCGAGAAGCUCUUGUGGGAUCCUGAGUUCCAAAGCCAGCUCAUCGAGGGCGUUGUCGGCAUCGCGAAAGAGGUCGAGGCCGCGUUUGGCGGCGUGCCGCAGGAUAUCGAGGGCGUAUACGCGGAUGGCAAGUUCACCGUGGUACAGUCCAGGCCCCAGAUCUUGUAGCCCAAGCUCGCGCAGGAUCGAGAUGUUGCUUAUGGAACGAAAUGCAAAGGGGUUGUCGAUGUUAAUAAGAGUCCCGGGGCGAGGGUUCAGGGUACGGGUUUCGGUUUUUCUUGACAGUGUUUUUACAGGAAUAAGGUUUUCUUAUCUCGUAGCUUUGAAAGGCAAGGGCAGAUAGCUCGCGAAAAGGCAAGGGCAGAUACUGUUAUAUCCAUCAGUUGGUCGUCUCGGCAAUUGCGUGCUUAAAAGCGGAAAUCCAGGUACGAUCCUUAUCGAUUGCGAAUAACCGUUGCAAAUAGCCUGCGCCCGACAAUGCAGAAAAACUGUGUCAGGGGGUCACCCUUGUCCGUUUCCUUCUGCAUUCUCAGUUUCCGGUGCUCUUAGGGACCCUCUUAAUUCCUGGGUUGAAUUUUACAGUCCUUGAGCAAGGUUUUUCACACCGCGUCCGCAA